AUGAACCUUCAACUUCUAAUGUACAUUGACAUGAGAAUUGCGGUGAGAGAUCGAAUGGAAACAUUCAUUUAUCUCAGCUAUGCAAUCGAGAUGGGUUGCUAUCUGACAACCUGUGUUACAGUCCCGCUCGUGCAUUUGAUCUUCGGAAAAACAUCGCUCUUCCAUCCAAACAUUCAAUUCAUUUUCCUGAUCAUCCUAUACAGCACCUAUCCAUUUAUCGUUGCUCGAGCUGGUGUUCUGUAUCUAGAAAGUCAAACGAACUCUACUUGCGAAACAUACGCAGAAAGCUUUGAUAAAUGCCCGACCGCUAUUAUUGGAUUUUCGCUGUUUCUCGGUGCACUCUACUUGUUUAGGCCAGCGUUAUUUGUUGUCAUGCUAAUUGAGCGAAUCAUAGCGAUGAGAAUGGUGGCCACAUAUGAAACAAGAUAUUACCGAUCGUCCAUCAUUUCAAUGUCAAUACUUGCUGGAAUUCUGGCUUUAAUUGGCUCUACAGCUUUUACAUUUUCGCUUCUUCCGCGAUUGGUCGUUCUCUUUAUCGUUCUCUGUCUCAGUCUACCAAGUGCCUUUAUGAUUUUGUGGAUGAUUCGAAUGACAAGCCGUCGAAAGAGGGCUCUUCUUUUAAAGGACUCCGCCGAGUACACUUUGAGCAAGAGUUAUCAGUUGAGAGAGAAUCACAGAUCGAUGCAGGUGAGGGGAGGAAAAGGUGGCGCGCUUCACACACAAAAAACUCUUCCGGUUUUGUCAGCGAUUUUCUGGGUCUAUAUCAUUGCAAUUUCGACAUAUAUGGCUCAAUUUUAUGCUCAUAUGAUGGCCGUCUCGUGGACGACGAGAAAUAUUAUUGGAAUGGCGAUGGGAGUGCAAAUGGGAGCAAAUUUUGCAUUUCUGCCUUUUCUGACAAUCGGCUUGAAGGGACAAGAGUUGCAUUUGGCAAAAAGUACUCUGAUCGAGAAAGUUUUUCUAUGUUUGACAAGAAAAACCGAACCUGAUCGAAAAGUCAAGAAUAAAAUUUUCGUGCAUGGAAAGAAGCUGUACACAGGUGCAAAUCAAGAAGAUUACUUUGUUCAACUCGAAGCCCAAUGGGCGACUCCGACACCGAGAUCUCGA